UCUGAAUCGGAAAUAAUCGGAAGCUGAAGCUGCCGGAAGAGUGAUCUGUGACUAGCGUAAAGAGUUCUCUGAUUUUUACACCAUCCGUCCAUUGGGUGGUGGGAUCUUGGCGCCCCGGUCCAGUGUUUUUCCCUAUUCACUCAGCUGGUACACGGUUAGAAAAAAUGAUCUUCAUUUACGCGGCGAGCAUCUGCUUGCUGUCAAGCUACGCAGUGUCCGCCAUUCCGAAGCCGGAAGAGAAGCGCGUCCUGGACCACGAUCCACUCAGUCACGUGCAGCACUACCAGAAUGACGAGCACAAUAAGAAGUACGAUCACGAGGCGUUCCUGGGGGAGGACGCCAAAACGUUCGAUCAGCUCGAGGCGGAGGAAAGCAGACGUCGCUUGGGACUCAUCGUAGAUAAAAUAGACGGCGACAAAGACGGGUUCGUUAAUCUGUCGGAGCUCAAGUCGUGGAUUCAGUACACGCAGCGGCGCUACAUCGAUGAUGACGUCAACCGGCAGUGGAAAACGCACAACCCAAACAACACGGAGAAGGUGCACUGGGACGUGUACCGGCAGAACGUGUACGGAUUUCUGGACGAGCUGGUGUCGCGCGAAGCGGAUGGCCAGCCGGCCGAUGAGCACUUCUCGUAUCGCGCAAUGAUGAAGCGCGAUCGGCGCCGCUGGAGUAUCGCGGACCGGGACGGUGAUGAUCAGCUGACGCGGGAGGAGUUUACCGAUUUUCUGCACCCGGAAGAGAGCGAACAGAUGCGCGACGUCGUUGUGACGGAAACGAUCGAGGACAUCGAUAAGGACAAGGACGGCAAGGUGUCGGUCGAGGAGUACAUUGGUGACAUGUACCGGGGCGGUGAGGAUAACGAAGAGGAACCGGACUGGGUGAAACACGAGCGGGAAACCUUCAGCAACUUCCGUGAUAAAAAUAAGGAUGGCCUGAUGGAUGAUCAGGAGGUAAAGGAUUGGAUUACGCCCGCCGAUUUCGAUCAUGCCGAGGCCGAGGCUCGUCACUUGAUCUAUGAGGCAGAUUCGGAUGCAGAUGAAAAGUUAACGAAAGAUGAAAUCAUCGAAAAGUAUGACCUCUUCGUGGGCUCACAAGCCACCGACUUUGGAGAGGCGUUAACGCGACACGAUGAAUUCUGAGGAUGGUGUCCAGGGCACGUUUAGGAACGGUCUUUGUAUUGCUUCCGCGUCGAUAGGAGAAAAGAGCGGAGCUUUAGUUUUAGAAAUCACCAUACGUUGGCGUGAACGUCUUCCCAUGUAACCAUCGAUCAGCGAUUCGUUUAGUCACUUAGUUGUAUGUCAACAAACAGAUCUGAUAGAACUCUCGUUUGAAACUUAUUAUUUGGCUCUCAAGCAUUGCUGGAUACCGACGGAUGCCGGCGUUAACCAAACCCGAUUCCAAUUAAGUGUUCGUGAGAACCAUUUAGCACAUAGCAUUUGGACAGGGGACAUUGACAAUCUCGUCUAGCGCAUAAGAAAGGCGGCAACAUCGAUAUCAGCAAGCAUGUUUAGUGUAUUGAACGAGGCUUUGAUGAGAAAAUAAAGUAAAAGAGAUUCA